CUUAUAAUAACUUUUGUUACCAUGUUUGCUGCUACAACACGUCUUGUGCAUCGAUGCCCAGCAUGGCGACGACGAUCCUAUGCAACAGCAGCACCCGGCGCGGCCAAUUUUCAAGUUUUCAACCGUAACGUGAAACUCAUGCAAAAGGAUCGUGCAGCUUCGCAAGUUGAAACCAGUCGUACUGUUGAUUAUCUUAAAGACGAAGUCGCUGCUCGUGUAGCCGAUCGAUUAGCUGAUAUCAAACGCGAUUUCAAAACAGUUGUGGAUCUUGGAUCGGGUUGCGGACAUAUUGUUAAACACGUCGACAACGAAAUGAUGGGCAAGUUGAUCAUGUGUGAUAUGUCAGAGCAAGCACUACGUCGCGACGCUGAUAAUUAUGCUCCAGUGGAGGUAGAGAGACGCGUUGUCGAUGAAGAGCAUUUGCCUUUUGAAGAGGAUUCUUUAGAAGCGGUAGUGAGCAGUUUGUCGAUGCAUUGGGUGAAUGAUCUACCAGGCGCACUGAUCCAGGUCCGCAAAGCCUUAAUACCCGACGGCGUAUUUGUGGGUGCACUUUUUGGAGGCGAUACAUUGUUUGAAUUGCGAACCUCGUUACAGCUGGCUGAACUCGAACGAGAAAGCGGUGUCUCACCUCACGUAUCCCCAAUGACAGAUUCAAGCGAUAUUGCACGUCUACUUUCGCGUGCUGGAUUCACACUUACUACAGUCGAUGUGGAUGAAAUUGUUGUGGAUUAUCCAUCUAUGUUCGAACUGAUGGAAGAUUUGAAGGCCAUGGGUGAAAACAAUGCCGUUUUAAGCAGACGACCUAUCAUAAAGCGGGAUACUUUAAUGGCAGCUGCCUCAAUCUAUAAAGAAUUACAUGGCAAUCCAGACGGAACGGUGCCUGCUACUUUCCAGAUCAUAUACAUGAUUGGCUGGAAGCCAUCACCAACGCAACCGUUGCCCAAGAAACGCGGUUCUGCAACACAAUCACUCAAGGACGUUUUGGAGGAUUAGUUUUUCCCAUCUUCCCGGUCCUCUUUGUACAUUACUUUCCUCUCCAACUCCCCCAAAAGAAAAGUUCCAUAUUAUCAUUAUAUAAUAAAUAUACACAAACACCUCCAAUAGAUAAAAAAGAACUGAUACACUUAGUCUAUUUGCCUAUUGUGACCCGAAGC